GUAUAGAGAGUGAAGAGAGAAACGAAUUUGGAAAUCCCCUGUAAUCCGUUCACGUGGCAGACAUGAAAAAGCAUCCGCUUUCGUUGCCGCGCUCGAUUUUCCAAAUCCGUAAGUGAAAACAAAUUUCAUGAACUUCAUCUUCAUCACUACUUCCUACGCUUUGGCGCCAAAAUUCUUUCAGUAUCAGCUCCAUUUGGAAUCUGAAUUCGAGUUUUGAUGAUGCUUCGAUCUCCAUCUCUCUGCCAUUCCUCUGCUCUUCACCUUCCUCUCUUUGCGUCCUGCACCGGAGGCUCUCAUUUCCUUCACUUGCGAUUGAAGGCAGGGAAGCGAGCGCUAGGAAGCAGCUGCCGGGAGAUUUCUGGUGAGACAAAGGAGGGAGGUGCCAAGCAUUGCGUUGUAACUGCGUAUGCUCGCCGUGAUCAAGAUCGCGUGUUAGAGCAAGAAGCCCCUGAAAUUUUGGACACUGGCCCAAUGUUGAAAAUGUUCCCAGGCGAAGCAUUUCCCUUGGGUGUAUCAGAAGUCGAUAAUGGGAUCAAUUUUUCCAUUUUCUCAAAGCAUGCUACAUCUGUCACACUUUGUUUAUCACUUCAUGAGAGGAUUGAUGAUAGAAUGUUGGAGUUCAAAUUGGAUCCUCACGUCAAUAGAACUGGAGACGUUUGGCACAUUCGUGUCCAGGAUUUACCUCGGAGAAAUGUCCUAUAUGGUUAUAGGAUUGAUGGUCCUCAAGGUUGGCAUCAUGGGCAUAGAUUUGAUGAUAGGAUCGUUCUUUUAGAUCCUUAUGCAAAGUUCGUUGAAGGUCGCCGAUAUUUUGGGGGUGAAAAUAAGGCAUCUGGCUUUCUUGGGACUUAUGAUUUUGGUAGCAUGCCUUUUGACUGGGGAGAUGACUAUAAGCUUCCUAAUAUCUUAGAGAAAGAUCUUGUAAUAUAUGAAAUGAAUGUCCGCUCAUUCACAGCUGAUGAAUCUAGUGGCCUGGCUUCAAGCACACGGGGCAGUUACCUGGGUGUUAUUGAGAAGAUUCCACAUCUGCUAGAGCUCGGUGUCAAUGCAGUUGAAUUAUUGCCUGUCUUCGAGUUUGAUGAGUUAGAGUUUCAGAGGCGUUCAAACCCCAGAGAUCAUAUGAUCAAUACGUGGGGUUACUCCACAAUCAACUUUUUUGCUCCAAUGAGUCGAUAUGCUAGUGCUGGUGGAGGACCUCUUAAUGCUUCGCAGGAAUUUAAAGAAAUGGUUAAAGCCUUGCAUGCUGCUGGGAUAGAGGUCAUUUUGGAUGUUGUGUACAACCAUACCAACGAGGCUGAUGAUGCAAACCCUUAUACCACUUCAUUUCGUGGCAUUGAUAAUAAGGUCUAUUACAUGUUGGACCUAAAGAAUAAUGGUCAACUGCUGAACUUUUCUGGCUGUGGAAACACCUUAAACUGUAACCAUCCUGUGGUCAUGGAACUAGUUCUUGACAGCUUAAGACACUGGGUAGUUGAAUAUCAUGUAGAUGGUUUUAGAUUUGAUCUUGCUAGUACUCUUUGCCGGGGAACUGAUGGUGCUCCACUUAGUGCUCCUCCACUCAUAAGGGAAAUUUCGAAAGAUGCUAUUCUAUCAAGGUGUAAAAUAAUUGCAGAACCUUGGGAUUGUGGAGGUCUUUAUCUUGUUGGUAGAUUUCCAAAUUGGGAUCGGUGGGCUGAGUGGAACGGAAUAUACCGUGACGACGUUAGAAAAUUUAUUAAGGGCGACUGUGGCAUGAAAGGAAGCUUUGCAACUCGUGUUGCUGGGUCUUCUGAUCUUUACAAAGUGAAUAAGCGUAAGCCUUAUCAUGGUAUUAACUUCGUUAUUGCUCAUGAUGGAUUUACACUUCGUGAUCUAGUUUCUUACAAUGUUAAGCACAAUGAUGCCAACGGAGAAGGCGGAAAUGAUGGAAGCAAUGAUAACUUCAGCUGGAAUUGUGGUUUUGAAGGAGAAACCGAAGAUACAAGCAUUAAAGCUUUGCGCUCAAGGCAAAUGAAAAACUUCCAUUUGGCUUUAAUGACGUCUCAGGGAACACCAAUGAUGUUAAUGGGGGAUGAAUAUGGGCAUACUCGUUAUGGCAAUAACAAUAGCUAUGGACAUGAUACAGCUAUUAACCAUUUCCAGUGGGGACAGUUAGAGGCCCGGAAGAGGGAUCACUUCAGAUUUUUCUCUGAAGUGAUAAAGUUUAGGAGGGAGCAUCCCCAAAUCUUCUGCCGGGAAAAUUUUCUCCACAAGGAUGAUAUUACUUGGCAUGAAAGCAAUUGGGACAAUCCUGACAGUAAAUUUCUUGCAUACACGCUUCAUGAUGAUAAUGGAGAAGAUGUUUACUUGGCCUUCAAUGCUCAUCAUUAUUACGUCGAUGUUUCAUUACCCUCUCCUCCGACAAAGCGAAGAUGGUUUCGUGUGGUGGAUACCAACCUCGAGUCUCCUGAUGAUUUUGUGGUGGAUGGCAUUCCAAGCGUUGGAAGCACCUAUAAUUUGGCUCCCUAUUCCUCAAUUCUUCUGAAAGCAAAGUUAGAAAACGAAGAACUUUGAUACUAACUAUAGAAUUAACCACACCAUUAGGCAGAAGAAUGAAGUUAUAUACAAGAUGGUCAUUGAAAUAUUAUGGAAGAAAUAAAUUAUGCAAUCUAAUGGAGGACGUGUAGAGCUAUCCGCGACAUGGACAUCAGGUACUUCUUUAUAGCAUAUUGGAAUGUUAUUAUUGCUAUUCCUUUCAACAAUUUGAUACAUGUGAAUAAAGUUAUGACCAUAAGAUAAAUGAGUGUCAUACUGUCGUGACAUCCAUUUUAUUUAGAAUUGACUUUUCUGUGAUUUUUAAUAUUUUGACUGAAUGAAAUUCGUCCUUGUGAGAGGAAA